UCUGCCGUCGACAGUCCUUAACUUCCUGUUUAGACAAGCAAAAGAGGAAGAAGUAUGGCGACAACAGAGCGACUCGGGCCCUCUCGGACCCGAAGAAAUAGUAAUAAAAACAUACUUACAAGGAUCAGACAUGGACAAAUCAKUGGCGGGGGACUUAGUCGAGGCACAGAGAUGUCUGAGGCCCUACUUCAAGAGAGGGACCAUCAGGCCAAGUGGCAUGGGAUUCCAGUGAUGCUGCAGAGACUGUAUGACAGCAGUCACCUCAACAGUGACCUCUCCCAGAUCCACUCCAUUAUCAAGGAAGUGGCAUCUUUUCUCUCCAUGGAGGCAAUGUCGUUUGUGACAGAGGACAGGAGAACAGCACAGGAGUCCACCUCUCCCAACACAUACACUUUUGACCUCUUUGGCGGCGUUGAUUUACUAGUGGAGAUUCUGAUGAGACCCACCCUCACCACGCAGACAAAUUUCCCUAAAAUGAGUGAUGACCUCGUCAAGGAUUGUUUAAGUGUUCUGUACAAUUGUUGUAUAUGUAUGGAAGGAGUCACUAAAAGUCUGGCAUCACGAGAUGACUUUGUCAUGUUUUUGUUUACGCUCAUGUCAAACAAGAAGACAUUUUUGCAAACCGCCACAUUGAUUGAGGACAUUCUUGGGGUCAGGAAGGAGAUGAUCCAGCUGGAGGGCAUCCCCAACCUGCCCAGUCUGGUCCAGAGCUUCAAYCAGCAGCAGCUGGCCAACUUCUGCCGCAUCCUGUCAGUCACCAUCACUGAGCCGGACCUGGGCAACGAUGACAAGCACACACUGCUGGCUAAAAACGCCCAGCAGAAGACCAACCUCUGCCCUUCCCACUCUGAAGUCAACCAGGUGGCCCUGCUGAACAUCCCGGGCUUCAUUGAGCGGCUGUGUAAGCUGGCCACCAGGAAGGUGUCUGAGGCCUCGGGGGCAUCCAGCCUGUUACUGGAGCUUCAAGACUGGUACACAUUGCUGGACAACGCCCUGGUGCUGGACGCUCUUAUGCAGAUGGCCACAGAGGAUGCCGAGCAGAGCAGCACAGAGUCGCCAGACGAGAGCUCUCUGGUCACCAGUCCUCUCAGGCACAGUCUGCCCCAGUCCAUGAAGAUCGUCCAUGAGAUCAUGUACAAGGUGGAGGUUCUCUAUGUGCUCUGUGUGCUCCUCAUAGGCCGCCAGAGGAACCAGGUUCACAGAAUGCUUGCAGAGUUCAAACUGAUUCCAGGACUCAACAACCUGUUUGACAAGCUGAUCUGGAGAAAGCAGACAUCCACCCACGUCCUCCACGGCCAGAACCAGAACUGUGACUGCAGCCCGGAGAUCUCCUUUAAAAUCCAGUUUCUACGACUACUCCAGAGCUUCAGCGACCAUCAUGAGAACAAGUAUCUCCUCUUGAACGCUCAGGAGCUGAAUGAGCUCAGUGCCAUCUCUCUGAAGGCCAACAUCCCUGAGGUGGAGGCUCUCGUCAACACGGACAGAAAUCUAAUCUGUGAUGGUAAAAAGGGCCUCCUGACACGGCUACUUUCAGUCAUGAAGAAAGAACCGGCCGAAUCCUCAUUCAGGUUCUGGCAGGCGAGGGCGGUGGAGAGCUUCCUGAGAGGAUCCACCUCCUACGCUGACCAGGUGUUCCUGCUCAAGAGAGGCCUGCUGGAGCACAUCCUGUUCUGCAUYAUAGACAGCGGCUGUAAGUCCAGGGACGUGCUGCAGAGCUACUUUGACCUUCUGGGGGAACUCAUGAAGUUCAACAUCGACUCCUUCAAGAGGUUCAACAAAUACGUCAACACAGAGGAGAAGUUCCAGACGUUCAUGACCCAGAUCAACAGCUCUCUGGUGGACUCUAACAUGCUGGUGCGCUGUAUCAUUCUGUCCCUGGACCGCUUCGAGAGCCAGACUGACGAUGUGAGAGUUGUGGAGGUGCUGUCAGAGUGCAGUCUGUUGUCCUACAUGGUCCGCGUGGAGAACAGACUAACCAUCCUCUUCAGGCUCGUCAACAUCAUCAACGUGCAGACGCUCACACAGGAGAAUGUGAGCUGUCUGAACACCAGCCUGGUGGUAUUGAUGCUGGCCAGGAGACGGGGCAAGCUGUCCUUCUACCUCAACGCCCUGAGAGAGAAGGAGUACACAGAGAAGUACCCCGGCUGCCUGCUCAACAACUUCCACAACCUGCUGCGCUUCUGGCAGCGCCACUACCUCAACAAGGACAAGGACAGCACCUGUCUGGAGAACAGCUCCUGUAUCCUCUUCACCUAUUGGAAGGAGACCGUGUCAGUUCUGUUGGACUCAGACCGGACUUCACUAUGUGCCAUAGCCAGCUACAUCGACGAGGCCUACAUGGAUCUGGGAAGAGACUUUCUGGAAGUUUAGUCCCUGCGAAGCUUUCUCUGGAAAAGAGGGGGGGGGGG